UCGUUGAAGUUCAAGAAGAGGAGGAAUGAAAUUCGAACACAGAGAAUUCAUGGGACCUUAUCGGAUGAAAAGAAGGAAGGUACAACAUAUCAGAAAAACAUUGGUCUAACAUUAUCAAAAGAUUGUGGUGUUAGUUGUGAAAAUGAUGAAGCUUUGCAAACUGAUAUACCAGAUGACAAUCUCGGUGCUUAUGAAAAAUUUGUGCCCCCCUACACACCAAGACCCGAGUGUUCUCCUUUAGAGAUUAAUGAAGCAGAUUUAUCCUACAAUAUCAUCCUAUUUGACACUGAGACAAAUAAGAUGGGAAAAGAUGCGGAACUAUGUCAAAUAGCAGCAAUAAACCAAGCAGGUGAUCGAUCCUUUUCAGAGUACAUUUUACCAAACAAGAAUAUAGAAAAACAUGCAUCGAAGGUGAACAAUCUUACUAUACGAACUAUAAACGGUCAACGAGCACUCUUCAAGGAAUCUAAUCCAGUUCAAACGCUUACCUGCGAUGAUGCCUUGACCCUUUUUGUCAGUUUCAUUGAAAAAUCUGCGAAAGAAGUCGAGAAAUCAACAUCAAAGAAUGUCUGUUCUGUUCUUGUAGGUCAUAAUGCCAAGCGAUUCGAUGUUCCUGUGUUACUUCGCAACAGCAACAGCAGCAUAAUAACAAAAUUCCAAUCCUUGUCUAUGUGUUUCGCUGACACCCUUACGUUGUUUGAAUACUUGGUAAAAAAUUCAAUUCUGCAAGACCAGAACGGAGGCCCUUGUGCGUUGAAUCAAUCUGCAGUUUACAUGGCUCUAUUCAAUCAACAUUUCAACGCCCACGACGCUCUAGAGGAUGUCAAAGCUUUACGUCGAAUACUUUUUGCAUCACGGCUAAAUCUUUCCUCCAGGGAUCUGUUAAAUCACUGCAAACCCAUAUCUUUUAACGAAGCUUACAACGACAAUCUUUACCUUUGUAAACGACACAAACUAUCCGAAACAUUUGGAAGUCUUUUAUACGACAACAGUUGUGGGAAAUCAACGAUCAGCAAAUGCAUGGUAGAAAAGAUCGCCGGCAGCGGCUUGAGUUAUGCAAACUUGAAAAACAUCUUUGACAAAUUUGGCAGAAAAGGACUUGUUCGAGUGUUAUCUACAUCGCCUCCCGGUUUCAAAAAGCCACGGGUAACAAAAACGAAGAAAAUCUUGCUUGCAAUCGUGCGCCAUUUCGAAGCAUCACAUAAACAAUAA